GAGAGCGGAGCUGACUCUGGUUUACAGCGUGGAUUCUACGGACGUACUAGACCAACAACGAGGGCAACUAGUAGGAUUGCUGCUAACGAGAGCUGUACGGGAAAACGAUAAAACACAAUAACUGACGAUUGAAUUUGUUGCAAGUUGCCUACAUCUUACCAAAGGCGUACUCCACGCCAGCCAAAGCUCGGAAGCUCGAUAGUCUACUCUUGCGUGGCAUAUAAGUCUGACUGCGUUGACUGCAAAGACAGUGCAGGGGGGAUAAAGGGGGUGCGAUUUGGUGAAACGAUUUAUGUUCUGGCGGAUAUUUUGGAUUGCGCCUUGUUGGAGGGCUCAUUGAAGACAGUUACGUUUAUUUCCCAUCUCAGCCGCCACCCUGUGGUCCUGGCCCUUGAUUUUCCUAAUGCCCAUCACUUAGACGGAAAUUAAUGAUAGAAGAUCGGAAUUCACUUUGGUCUUCAAGUGAAUAUCGUUCGAUUAUCAGUCAUAAAAGCUCGUGCGCACCAUUACUGGUGUUUCAAGAGAUGGAGACUGAGGAUGCGGAUUACUAUCAUCUGUCGAGUACAGUCAGUGGCACGAAUGUCUUGCCAGCCUCCCGUAAAUCAUUGCUUUUUUGGCAAGAAUAGCGAUUUGUUGAAAUUUAUUUCAAGUUAUUUAUUUGUUAUUACCCCUAUGUACCCCUAUAGGCCUACACACAAACCUGAUACUCGGAAGAAGACUUAUAUCCUCUGAACACGGAUUUAUAUCGACCUGUCAAACAGUGUUUAUCUACUGGACCACGUUUUUUUAAUUCUUUGUUUUAAAAUAUUGUUUUGUUAUAUUAGUGGCAUCAUCUCCCUUCCACUAUUUUGGAAUAAAGUUAUUUGCUUUUAAGAGAGGUGAAUAACUAAUCAGGAAUGAGAUCUGGGACAGAGAGGACUAAUUCGACCUUGUUUUUGGGUCUGGUGCUGUCUGUCUCUACUUUCUGCCUGUGGUCCGCAAAUGGAGAAAUCUGUGGUCCAAGUAUCGACAUCCGCAAUGACAUCAGUGAGUUCAAGCGUUUGGAGAACUGCACGGUGGUGGAGGGCUACCUGCAGAUCCUUCUCAUCGGAGACAAGACCAACAACCUCAACCAGGAACUGUUCCGUUCCCUCAGCUUCCCCAAGCUGACCGUCAUCACAGACUACCUGCUCCUUUUCCGCGUCUCUGGUCUGGACAGCCUCAGCACACUCUUUCCCAACCUCACAGUCAUCCACGGACGCAACCUCUUCUACAACUAUGCCCUGGUGAUCUUCGAGAUGACCAGUCUGAAGGACAUCGGCCUGUACAACCUGAGGAACAUCACGCGAGGGGCCAUCCGCAUUGAGAAGAAUCCGGAGCUCUGCUACCUGGACUCUGUGGACUGGUCUCUAAUCAUGGAUGCAGAGUUCAACAACUUCAUCGCCGGGAACAAGCAGUCCAAGGAGUGUGGUGACGUUUGCCCAGGCAUCAUGGAGGACAACCAACAGUGCAUCAAGACCAGCUUUAAUGGCAACUUUAACUCUCGCUGCUGGACAUCCAACCACUGCCAGAAAGUGUGCCCAGAGAAGAAAUGUGAGCGGAGGGCCUGUACGGACAGUGGUGAUUGUUGCCAUGCCCAGUGCCUGGGGAGCUGCACGGAGCCAGAAAACGACAUGGCAUGUGCAGCCUGCCUGCACUACUACCACGAGGGCCGCUGCGUGGAGGACUGCCCCCCAGACACGUACAAGUUUGAGGGCUGGCGCUGCAUCACCAUGGACCUGUGUGCCCGCGUCCAUCUUCCAAGCGACUUUGAUUUCGUCAUCCACGGCGGAGAGUGCAUGCCCGAGUGUCCAUCGGGAUUCACACGCAAUGAGAGCAAUAGUAUGUUCUGCAGCGGCUGUGACGGCCUGUGUGAUAAGAUCUGUGACUCUAAGACCAUCGACUCUGUGGACGCCGCUCAGUCUCUAAUGGGCUGCACAGUAAUCAAAGGCAAUCUGCAGAUCAACAUCCGGCGUGGCAAUAACAUUGCCUCGGAACUGGAGAGCUUCAUGGGUCUGAUCCAGACAGUGACAGGCUAUGUGAGGAUCCGCCACUCCCACACGCUUGGCUCGCUCUCCUUUCUCAAGAGCCUUCGCUACAUCAACGGGGAGGAGCUCAUGGAAGGGAUGUAUGCUUUCUCUGCCAUCGAUAACCAGCGCCUGCAGUACCUGUGGGACUGGACCCAGCACAACCUAACCAUCAAGGCUGGGAGGCUGUCCUUCCGCUUCAACCCUAAACUGUGCAUGUCUGAAAUCCACAAGAUGUGGGAGAUGACCGGCAUCACUGAGAAGUUUGAGGAGGAUUUCCGCAACAACGGGGACAGGGCCAGUUGUGAGAGUCACAUCCUGAUGUUCAAGUACAACAGCACAAUGAGUAACCGGAUCAAGCUGACCUGGGAGCGCUAUCGACCACCAGACUACAGAGACCUCAUCAGCUUCAUUGUCUACUACAAGGAGGCACCGCACCAGAAUAUCACUGAGUUUGAUGGGCAGGACGGGUGUGGGUCCAACAGCUGGAACAUGGUUGACGUGGACCUCCCUCAGGACAGCCAGGUAGACCCUGGUGUACUGCUGUCCCCACUGAAGCCCUGGACCCAGUAUGCCAUAUUUGUCAAGGCCAUCACCUUGGUGGUGGAGGACAAACACACUCCGGGAGCCAAGAGCAACAUUGUCUACAUACGCACAAGCCCCUCCGAGCCAUCUAUGCCAAUGGAUGCCCGUGCAUAUGCCAACUCGUCCUCCAAGCUGGUGGUGAAAUGGUCCCCGCCCCUCAACCCUAACGGCAAUUUGACCUAUUACCUGGUUCGCUGGCAGCAGCAAGCUGAAGACAGGGAGCUGUACCAACACAACUACUGCUCCAAAGAGCUGAAGAUCCCUAUCAGAAUCUCAGCCACAGGCUUGGCAGACAUAGAGGAGGACACCAAGCCCACCAAAUCAGACCUGUCUGGGGGGGACAAGGGCCGCUGCUGCCCCUGCCCUAAGACCAAGGAGGACCUGAAAGCAGAGAUAGAUGAUGCUUCCUACCGCAAAGUCUUUGAGAACUUCCUGCACAACUCCAUUUUCACCCCCAGGCCACCAGACCGGCGGCGAAGGGACCUGUUUGGUGUGGCUAAUGCGACACUGGCACGGGGUGGCAACAGCACAGGCCUGGAGGGUAAUGGGACAGAACGAGAGCCCCCUGAAAGGGAGUUCCCCUUCAUACAGGACCAGAGCAAGACGGAGUUCAUUGAGAUUUCCAACCUGCAGCCCUUCACUGUCUACCGCAUUGACAUCCAUGCCUGCAACAAGGAGGUAGAGCGUUGCAGCGCCGGUGCCUUUGUGUUCUCCCGGACCAAACCCGCUGAAAAAGCGGACGACAUCCCAGGCAGGGUGCUCCAGGAGAGGGAUGAGAAGGCAGAGGGUUCGGUGCUGCUGAGAUGGCCGCAUCCUGUCAAACCCAACGGCCUCAUCCUGAUGUAUGAGAUCAAGUUCCGCCAGGGCACUGAGCCUGAGAAACACGAGUGUGUGUCACGACAGCACUACGGGGUUCACCGAGGAGCUCGUCUGACCAACCUGGGCUACGGGAACUAUUCUGCCCAUGUCCGGGCCACCUCCCUGGCAGGGAAUGGGUCCUGGACUGAGCCUGUGUUCUUCUAUGUGCCACCACCCAAACGGGAUUAUGACAACGCUUUCUAUCUGGUCAUCAUCAUUCCCAUCAUUGUCAUAAUCCUGAUCGCCAGUCUCAUCAUGGCCCUCUUCUUGGUCAACAAAAAGAGGAACAGUGACAGGCUGGGGAACGGCGUCCUCUAUGCUUCUGUCAACCCUGAGUACUUCAGCGCUGCAGAAAUGUAUGUUCCAGACGAGUGGGAGGUGGCCAGAGAGAAGAUCACCAUGCACAAGGAGUUGGGCCAGGGUUCCUUUGGCAUGGUGUAUGAGGGCCUGGCUAAGGGUGUGGUUAAGGACGAGGCGGAGACCCACGUGGCCAUCAAGACGGUCAAUGAGUCGGCCAGCAUGAGGGAGAGGAUCGAGUUCCUCAACGAGGCCUCCGUCAUGAAGGAGUUUAACUGUCACCACGUGGUGCGUCUGCUGGGCGUGGUGUCCCAGGGCCAGCCCACCUUGGUGAUCAUGGAGCUAAUGACCCGUGGAGACCUGAAGAGCCACCUGCGAUCCCUCCGCAAAGAGAACAUGUCCAGCCAGGUCCUGCCCCCGCUGAAGAAGAUGAUCCAGAUGGCAGGGGAGAUUGCAGAUGGCAUGGCAUACCUUAACGCCAACAAGUUUGUCCACAGAGACUUGGCUGCCAGAAACUGCAUGGUGGCAGAGGACUUCACCGUCAAGAUUGGAGACUUUGGCAUGACACGAGACAUCUAUGAGACAGACUACUACCGGAAAGGAGGGAAGGGCCUUCUGCCAGUUCGCUGGAUGUCCCCGGAGUCGUUGAAAGAUGGUGUGUUCACCACAAACUCGGAUGUCUGGUCUUUUGGAGUGGUCUUGUGGGAGAUUGCCACCUUGGCUGAGCAGCCCUACCAGGGCAUGUCCAACGAGCAGGUGCUGCAUUUCGUUAUGGAGGGAGGACUUCUGGACAAGCCAGACAACUGCCCUGACAUGCUGUUUGAGCUGAUGCGGAUGUGCUGGCAGUACAACCCUAAGAUGCGUCCCUCCUUUCUGGAGAUCAUCAAUAGCCUCAAGGAAGAGCUGGAGCCUCCCUUCAGCGAGAUGAGCUUUUUCUUCAGUGAAGAGAACAAGCCCCCAGACACGGAGGAGCUGGACAUGGAAGUAGAGAACAUGGAGAACGUGCCACUGGACCCUGCACCCAGCAGGCCACCCACUGCUGUCCCCCAGCCACCCCAGGGACCCAUGGGGACUACAGGGGUCUUAGCAUCCUCUCCUCCCCAGCAGUUGUCCCCAAUGCAGGGUCCUUCCAGUACCCUGAUGGGCCCUGGCUCUCCCUCCACUUCUUCCCCUGUUGCCUCUACUUACCCAGGCCUGGCCUUGGACAAGCACUCAGGACAGGUAUCAGCCAAUGGGCCAGUGGUGAUGCUGCGGCCUAACUUUGACGAGAUGCAGAACUACGCUCAUAUGAACGGGGGCCGCAAGAACGAGCGUGCACUGCCACUGCCCCAGUCCUCAGCCUGCUGAUCCCCAACCCCUCUCCUCCCCAUGCCAGAUUACACCCCCACCUCUUCCUCCUUUUCUUACACAGGGUAACAAACUUCUGCCCCACUUUAGUUCUAAUGGGGUGAUGGAUGGGUGAAUGACUGACAGACAUUACCCCACUCCUUACAUUUUAAGAUAAUGUCAUCAAGAUUUACGAUUGAAAAACUGGGACUGAGGAACAGCACAGAAACAUGCUAGAGUCUUUCAGUAUGGUGGUUCUGGCUCACGCUCAACAACCACGCUGGGAAGCUCUGGUGUUUCUUUCUUGUAUAGUAUUUUUACUUAAAAAUCCUUUAAGGACAGAAAUACAGGCUUAUCUUCCCUGACUGACAGGUAUUGUAACUGAGAGACAAUAGCAAAAAGAGAAUUGUAAGCAUAUCUGCCAGCAAAUCCAACAGAAGAGCACUUUUAGAUUAUUUCAGAGAGAAUGUUGUGUAUAUCUGGGUGUGUGUUGAUUUCUAUACCAACACGAUUCUCUCGACAGUAAAAUUUAGCUCAUCUAAACUUUCCACCAAUAUACUUUUUUUGUUGUGUUCUGGACUAGGAUCAUGUUUUUUCUGUCAAUACUCCUGGGUCAGAGGGAAUUCUUUCAAGAGGGAUCGAUACGAUUGAAUUCCAGAUAUUGUAAAUCUACUAAAAAAUGAAAAUGUUCUCCCUCUUUAUCUUAAUUUGGAAACAUGGAGAGAAAUAGAAUCAAGCAUCUUAAAAUUCCUAGUGUAUUCAGAUUUUCUACUCUAUUGCAAUCAAACUGUAAAAUAAUUAUGCCUGUUUUCUCUCAUGUUUUUUUUGGUUCACAUCAGAGCCCUUAUUUGCAGAGUCCUUCUAUUGAAUAUGUAAUCUGAGAGACAAAUCACCAACAGAGACAAUGAGCAUAAAAAGAUUUGCUGCCAAAAAUGCUAAACAUACAGAGACAAACCUGAAGUGGAAUUGGAUGCCAUUAGAUCACUUCUGACACAAGGAGAACUUAAGGACUCAACAGAACUCUACCUUGAGAGCACACACAUCUGAUAAAGGCAAUUGUGAAGUUGUGCACAGCAGGUUUUGCUUUUAGACAUUAGUCUAAACAUUUUAGUCAUUAGUCUCUCUGUACAAUUCAAAUAUUUCUAUUAUGGUCUUACAGUUGUAUGUUAGACCUUAGGAUAAUUUCCCCAUACAUCAUUGGUUUGUCACUUUUAUAACUUUUAUACGAUUCAAAUGUUCGCCUCUAUGUCUGUACAGAAUGAAGCUGCUAUUUUAUUCUUUUUCUUUUUUGGAUGUGUGUGUGUGCGUGUGCGUGCGUGUGCGUGCGUGUGUUUGUGUGUGUU